AUGGAACACAACUUGCAGAUACUCCUCUUCGGAGACCAGACUAAUAGCUUCGACAAGAGUCUCCGCCGACUUCUUGAGCCCGGCAGUAGUAGUGCUGUGACGACCUUGUUGGAGAGGGUUAACUUGGCUCUUCGUCUGGAGAUAGGUGGAUUACCCAUCUCCCAGCAACAGCGUUUCCCUCGCUUCAGCUCUGUGAGCGAUCUCGAGGCGAGGUAUAGAUCAUCUACCAGACGUGCAUCUUUGGAGAGUGCUUUUCACUGCCUUAAUCAGUUGGGAUGGUUCAUCCGAAACCAGAUCGAAACCGCCAGCAGAUAUCCAACCGCAGAGGACACCCGUAUCGUAGGCAUCUGUACUGGCCUGCUUGCCGCUGCCGCCAUCAGUACAUCUAAGAGCUUGGCGGAGCUUAUCCCGAAAGCUGUUGAGACGGUGCUGGUCGCCUUCAGAAUCGGGUUACAUGCCGAGAGCAUGAGUGAUGCAAUUGUCGGCCGUGGCAAGCCUGCCAAGUCCUGGUCACUGGUUCUGGGUAUGCAGGAAGACAACGCAUCGGCAGCGAUGUCUUCAUUCCUUCAGGCCAAGAACAUUUCACCAACAUCGCAACCGUACAUCAGUGCAGUGGCAUCCAAUUGUGUAACCAUUAGUGGUCCACCCGCUUCGCUCGAACAUCUUCUGAACUCGACUCAAUUCUCCGGCCUCAAACCAGCUCAUACUAGCGUCUAUGCAGCAUAUCACGCCGAUCACAUCUACACCUUGAAAGACGUCGAUAUGAUUCUUUCGAAAGAUCCCUUGACUCCGGUUCGAUCUUGCACCGACGCGAUCCCAAUUUUCUCCAAUGCGACUGGCAAGAUGCAUUCAGCGACUGAGCACACAGCGCUUCUUCACACCAUUAUCUCAGAAAUUCUUACUGAGCAAAUCAGGUGGGAUCGGAUCGUGGAGGCGGUGUCCGCAGACGUUAUGGCAAGCCAUGCAUCUGUGUGUGAGAUACUAUCAUUUGGCGGUAACGCCACUCACAGUCUGACCUCGGGGCUCGCCCAGGACGGCGCUCCAGUAGUCGAAGCCAAAGAGGAUGUGUGGAGUCAGCAGAACCCAGCCAGCUCUGGUCACGCUUCCGGAAGACGCGACCAGUCUAAGAUCGCUAUCAUUGGCUUUUCUGGCCGUUAUCCCGAUGCUGCAAGUAACGAAAAGUUCUGGGAGAUUCUACACAACGGCAGAGAUGUUCAUCGACCUAUACCGGCUGACAGAUUCGAUGCAGCAGCGCACAUGGACCCAACUGGAAAGAAAAGGAACACUAGUCGCAUCGGCCAUGGUUGCUUCAUCGAGGAACCAGGAUUGUUCGAUGAGCGCUUCUUCAACAUGUCGCCACGUGAAGCUGCAAAUUGCGACCCCGGUCAACGCCUAGCUAUCGUCACCGCGUACGAGGCUCAGGAAAUGGCAGGUUUUGUGACUGGCAGGACACCUUCUACGCAGAAAGAUAGAGUGGGAAUCUUCUAUGGCAUGACAUCCGACGACUGGCGUGAAGUCAACAGUGGGCAGAACAUCGACACGUACUUCAUCCCUGGUGGAAAUCGAGCCUUCACCCCUGGUCGGCUCAAUUACUUCUUCAAGUUUAGUGGACCCAGCUUCAGUGUUGACACAGCCUGUUCUUCCUCCUUCGCCGCCAUCCACGCUGCUUGUAACUCGCUCUGGCAAGGUGAUUGCGACACGGCCUUCGCUGGUGGCACCAACGUUAUGACCAACCCGGACAACUUCGCGGGACUGGAUAGAGGACAUUUCCUGUCCACGAAGGGAAACUGCAACACUUUCGACGAUGACGCCGAUGGCUACUGCAGAGCAGACGGUGUCGGCACAGUCAUUCUCAAAAGACUUGAGGACGCUGAGGCUGAUGGCGAUCCGAUCCAAGGCGUUCUCCUAGGAGCGUUCACAAACCACUCUGCAGACGCUGUUUCCAUGACACGACCUGAUGCAGGCGCACAAGCAUUUAUCUUUGACCAGAUGUUGAACUCAUGUAACGUUAGCCCUCAAGACGUCAGCUACAUUGAGAUGCACGGUACUGGUACCCAAGCAGGAGACUGGACAGAGAUGCGAAGUGUGCUGCAGGUAUUUGCACCCGCUGUAGGCAAACGGCCGAAUCGACCGCUCUACCUCGGUUCGACCAAAUCCAAUAUAGGUCAUGCAGAGUCAUCCUCUGGCGUUCUGUCUCUGAUUAAAGUGCUUCUAAUGAUGAGGCAUAACGAGAUCCCGCCUCACUGUGGUAUCAAGACGAAGAUCAAUCAGAAAUUCCCCACUGAUCUGGCAGAACGCAAUGUUCAUAUUGCAACAAAGCCUACUGAAUGGGAUCGUCCCGGCAAUGACGUCCGCAGAGUCUUCCUGAACAACUUCAGUGCGGCAGGUGGCAACACAGCCCUUCUUCUCGAAGACUCUCCUAUUCGGGCUGGGCAGGAUCUGGCUGAAGACCCCCGCAGCAUCCAUGUCGUCACGGUCUCUGGCAAAUCACCUACCGCCCUCGUGAAAAACACACGCGCUCUGUUGGAGUUCAUCGCGAAGUCGCCUGUAUUAAGCUUGCCUUCCCUUUCCUACACAACCACAGCUCGUCGCGUUCAUCACAGCUACCGUACAGUCGUCUGUGGAGCCGAUCUGAAGUCGAUCUCCAGUAAGCUCGCCGACGUGUUGGCUGGAGAGGCUCCCAAAGCCAUCCCCGCCAAAGCUGGAAAAGUGGCGUUCGUCUUCACCGGGCAAGGUGUCCUGCAACUUGAGAUGGGUAAGCGUCUUUUCGAGACAAUCUCGCAAUUCCGAUCCGACAUCAUCAACUUCGAUCAGAUCGCUCAGCGUCAAGGGUUCCCUAGCUUCCGCGGGCUGAUCGACGGAAGCCUUCGGGACCAAGCAGCCAUCAGUCCCGUAGUUGCUCAACUUGGUACCACAUGCCUUCAGAUAGCGCUGUUCAGACUCUGGAUGUCUUGGGGUAUCCAACCCGAUGUGGUGGUCGGCCACAGCCUUGGCGAGUACGCGGCCUUCCACGCCGCUGGAAUCUUGUCUGUGACAGACACUAUCUAUCUGACUGGCGCUAGGGCGCAAUUGAUGAUCAAACGCUGCACUGUUGGGACUCAUUGUAUGCUCGCAGUGGCGACGUCCAUCGAGGAGCUUGAGCGCAAGUGGCCGUCGAUGUCCUACGAAGUUGCUUGUGUCAACGGUCCUACCGAAGUCGUUCUCAGUGGUACGAACGACAACAUCGAUCGCCUCGCUGCUAGCUUAGCUGAGGGCCAGAUCAAGUUCACCAAGCUGGCCGUCCCAUUCGCGUUCCAUUCCUCCCAAGUUGAUCCCAUCCUUGACGACUUCGAGAAUCUCGCUCGCAGUGUCGAGUUCAACAAGCCUAAGAUUCCCUACAUGUCUCCUCUCUUGAGGAGUGUAGUGGUUGAUGCCAAUGUCCUCGAAGCGCAAUAUUUGCAAAAGGCUUGUCGGGGAACAGUCGACUUUCUGAGUGCAGUCAACGCGGCGAAGAGCUCGGGCGUCAUUACCGACAAGACUGCGUGGGUCGAGGUCGGAUCGCAUUCCAUCUGUAGCGGUAUGCUGAAGCAAAUCUGCGGUACCACCGUUGCAGCACUCCCUUCCAUGAGGCGCGGAGAAGAUUGUUUGACCACUCUCGCCCUGUCUGUUGCUAAACUCCAUUCCUUUGGAUCAGCCAUUGACUGGAAUCAAUAUCACCAUGACUUCAGAAGGUCGCAGACUGUCGUACAACUUCCGACAUACUGCUGGGACGCGAAGAAUCACUGGAUCCAGUACAAGAAUAACUUCUGUCUCACCAAGGGCGAGUCUGUGUCUAAGAAGGCGCCAGUCAGCGCGUUGCCGCCUGGCAUCUUGACUCCUUCAGUGCAGCACAUCAUUGAGCAAAAGCUCGAUGGCCAGAAACCGAUGGUGAUCAUGCAAUCUGACCUUGCUGAACCGAAACUCGCCAAGGUGAUUCAGAGCCACAAGGUGAACAGCGUUGCCCUAUGUCCAUCUUCUCUCUAUGCGGACAUAGCUCUGACCCUUGGAAACCAUCUACUCGAAAAAGCAUCCUCUUCGCCAGGCAAAUGUGGUCUUGAUGUUGCCGACAUGGUAGUCAGUAAGCCCCUGAUCGCGACAGGCAACUCGCAGUUCUUCCGUGCCUCUGCUACUGCAGAUUGGUCUUCGCGUACGAUUCAUGUGUCACUCUUCAGUGUUUCUCCCGAGGGACAAAAGACCGACGAUCACGCUCAUUGUACAGUCAAGUUGGGUGACCACGAGGCGUGGCUCAAGGAGUGGAGUCGUUUGACUUAUCUGAUUAGGUCUCGUAUUGACACGCUACAGAGUGGAGUGACUGACGGAAGAACGCACCUGAUAAAGAGAAGAAUGGCCUACAAGCUCUUCUCAUCAGUCGUCGAGUACGAUACCAAGUAUCAAGGUAUGCAGGAGGUACUGCUUGACAGCGAGCAUCUCGAAGCAUCCGCAAAGGUCAAGUUUCAAACCACUGCAGACGAUGGUAAAUUCUGCUUCAGUCCUUUCUGGAUUGAUUCACUCGGACAUCUCGCUGGUUUUGUUAUGAAUGGCAACGACUUUGUGGACUCGAAGGUUCAGGUCUUUGUCAAUCACGGCUGGGACUCGAUGAGAUGUGCUCAAGAAUUUUGUCCGGACAAGCAAUACCGGACGUACGUGAAAAUGCAGAAUAUUGGAGGCACCAUGCACUCUGGCGACGUCUACAUCUUCGAUGAGGACGUUGUAGUCGGCGUCUAUCAAGGCGUCAAAUUCCAAGGAGUACCCCGCAAGAUUCUCGAUAUGCUUCUUCCAGCAGAGAAGUCUACGAAGACUGCGAGAGCACCGUCGAUCAAGAUGUCGCCCGUUGUCAGAGCUGAAACUCAGAAGGAAACACCUGUGGCAAGGGACGACGCUCCCAAGCCAGCGGUUGAGUCAUCAGUGGAGACUGCUUUGCUCGCAAUCAUCUCCGCAGAAACUGGUGUUGCUGUUGGUGAUUUAUUACCUGACACGGUCUUCGAUGACAUCGGGCUGGACUCGCUACUCGCUCUCAACAUCACAGGCAGGCUGCGAGAGGAACUCGAUCUGACAGUUGAGAGCUCUUUGUUCACAGAAUGCCCCACUGUCAAGGAGUUGACCCGGUACUUCUCAGGAGCAGUCUCUGAUGUUUCUUCGAUCGACUCAGAAUCUGAGUCCGGUUCUUCUGCACUAUCCACGCCGCCUGCACAAGCCGCGACUAGCAGUACGAGCGUCUCGACUUCGCCACCUUCGUAUUUAGACGGUCAAUCGAACAGCUUGAUGGUAUUGAUUCGCAAGACCCUUGCGCAGGAGAUAGGCGUCAAUGAGGCUGAGAUCGAGGGCUCCACAAUCUUAAGCGAUCUGGGCCUGGACUCACUCCUCUCAUUAACUGUACUGGGCCAGUUGAGAGAGGAGACCGAUGUUAAUUUACCAUCAGACCUUUUUGCGAUAUGUCAGUCACUUGACGAGGUCCAGAUCAAAGUGGGUCUAGCUCCUGUCAAGGAUCUCUCUACACCUAUCAAUGCCGAGAAGGUGUCUGAAAAGCUGCGAUUGACAGCGACGCAGAACUCCCGUAUCGUUCAGCACGCAGCCGUACUACCUCCUGCAACCUCUGUACUGCUCCAGGGUAGCCCAAAGACGAGUAGCAAGCGUCUCUUCCUAUUCCCUGAUGGAAGUGGUUCGUCUACAUCUUAUGUCUCUCUAGCCAGGAUUGACCCCGAUGUCGCUGUCUUUGGCCUGAACUGCCCUUACAUGCGGAAGCCAGAGGACAUGAAAUGCAGCCUUGCUGACUUGACCGCUCCUUACCUGGCAGAGAUCCGCCGUCGCCAGCCUCACGGUCCUUACUACCUAGGCGGCUGGUCUGCCGAUGGUAUUUGUGCUUACGACGCUGUCCAAGAACUCGCAAAGUCUGGAGAGGAAGUCGCGCGUCUGAUCCUACUUGACUCUCCUUUCCCCAUCGGUCUCGAGAAGCUUCCUCCUCGUCUCUACGACUUCUUCAACACUUGCGGGCUCUUUGUCAACGGCAGCGGCAAGGCUCCUCCGAGCUGGCUUCUGCCUCACUUCCUGGCCUUCAUCGACUGUCUGGACACUUACAGAGCAGUCCCGUUGAAGUCAAGCAGACCGAAGGUUUUCCUUAUCUGGGCUGAAGAUGGAGUGUGCAACAAACCAGACAGCCCUCGACCUGAAUCAAGAGCCGACGAUCCGAAAGAGAUGAGGUGGCUGUUGGAAAACAGAACAGAUCUCGGACCUAAUGGCUGGGACUCGCUUGUUGGUGGCGAGAGAUUGACGAUUCACACCAUGGAGGACGCAAAUCAUUUCACAAUGAUGGAGGGCCAAAAGGCAGUCGAGUUGAGCGAAUUCCUCGCUCUUGCAAUGGCAAAUUAG